AUGAUCAACGUUGUUGUUCAGUUGCUUGUGAGGCCAAUUUUGUUCAUUAACCGCCAAAAUGCAGCGAAUCAUACCGGAUCUGGAGGAAGAACCUUCGUUGAUUCCACAAAAAUGGCCAAUCAAUCCCAAGAGAUCGUCCCAAAAGCGACGUUCGACCUAUACGAGAAGACCUUUAUUAAACCAGAGCACCAUACCACCUUUGAAGAACAGGGAAAGCUCGGCAAAGACUCAGAGGUAUACAAAACGCCCACUGAAUAUGGACUUUUCAAGGGGCCGGAGUACUAUACCACCCCCGAACAGGGCUCAGAGCGCCGUAGGUACUUAGCGGAGUAUCAUCAUCAGGUCAGCAGAAAACUUCAAGCUUUGCUGGCGCAGCCGUUGUUAGAAGAAGCAUCGCACCAAUACCACUCUGAUAUCGAUGAAGACUUGGCCAUGAUGAAUACCAUCCCUAAAUAUCAAGAGCAGGAAAAGCUCGCGUUCAAAGAGUCCUUAAAGACGCGCCAGGUCUUGGAUGAAGUUUUGGAGACGCUUGCAGACCAUGUCAACACUUCGGCAAGCCUUAGUGAUUCAAAACCCAUUAGUCAAGAGCAACCGCAGGUAAACCAGAAGACCUUAAAUAAAUCAAUUUCCGGUUCAGAUACCGACUCCAAUUAUACUUAUAUUACAGAUUCCAGCUCCUCCAUAGGGGCAUCCUCCAAUACGUCAGCACCAUCUCUUCUCCCGCCGCAAAACCUGGAACGAGUAGAAAAUGACAUUGCUAGGGCUUUGUCUGGUAUGACUGAGGUAUCCACGAUUAUAAAAGAGGCAUUUAAAGGGUUGAGUCAGACUAAAUUCAAUCGGCGACUAGCUGGGUCUCUGAGAGAGUUUUCAAAGAACAUUAAGAAGUCACCAUCUACGAAACAAUUAUUAUCUCAGCAACAACUAUCAGUUCUACGGGGUAUAGGGAGUCGAGUUACAUUGAAAAAUAUUGCUCUAAAGAUUAAGGAGUCUUUGGAGUGUCCUGAUGCCUCUGUAGUUGAUGACACGGCUUUACGAUCCAGAUUAGUAAACAAGUUAGAGAGCUUUACACAAGGGGAGAUUAUUGAUGAUUACUUUCAGUCGUCAGAAGGGACUGCUUUUCAAAAUGAAUUUGAUGAAUUUGAUGGGCCCAUGCAUAUCGGAAGGUCCCCAGAUCACGACGACUCUGAUGAAUCCUGGGAAUCUAGCGAUGAUGAUGAGGAAGACAUCUCAGAUGUAACAGGAUAUGAUGAGCCGGUUCAAGGAAUACUUGAUUAUUUGAAAUCCGAUGAGAUACUCGAAAUAUUCAAAAACGCAGUGAUUAAAAGGUUCCUACCGACUCGACGCAAAGAUAAGCAUGGGAUUAAAGGAAGAAACGUACACCAGGAAGGAGGAGCAACCGGAAUCUUGGGGAAUACAGAAUCCGAACAUAAACAACAAACUCCAGAAUAUAUAAAUGAAGGAGAUGAUUUUGAUGACCAGGUUUCUCCAGGUGCAUCGAUACACCAACUUGGUAAAGAAAUCGGUGUUCAAAGCGAGAACAUACAUUCAUUUACUAUGUCUUUAAUGGACGAGGAAGUGCAGAAAUUGGUUAUCGAGAAUAGUCUGAUAGAAUCCGGUGAUGUCAUUGAAGGAAAAGCGACGGCGUCUACAGAAACAGCUAUUAGGAUUCAAAAUCCAGCACCGAAAAGUUCCAGUCUGAGAUGUCUAUCUCCUCAGCUCACUGAAGAAUCGGAGUUUUCACAGGACCUUGUCGCAUCACCUGUGCCAAUGGGGAAUGAUGAACAUCUAUGGGCGACAAGAUUUUCGGAUGGGAAAACGCAUAUCAGCUUUGAAAUCGCCCGCCGGUGGAAUUUGUCUAAUGAGAUUAAAGGUUGGGUAGAGGAGUUUAUUCGAGAACCGAUAAAUUGGUGGCCACUGAGCCAUCGAAGACACUCGGUACCACAUGGCGUUGUGGCAGAAGGAUAUCCAGUAUCAUCCGAAAAGAACGCAUGCAUCAAUAUCAUAUGUAUCAGUGGCUUAGAACUCAUAGCGGCGCUUCCUCAUCUUCCAACAAUAGGUCAUCACCGGCAUCAAAAGCUCCAGCUCCAGCACAACCUAUAG